AUGGUUCGCUUCAGAGGCUUCUCAAAAUCAACGAAAAAACCGGAAUUGAAACCCGAUCCGUGGUGGACCUAUGGGCAGAUCCUCGAUGGCGCCGAAAGGAUCCCCCAAAAAGCUGAAGAAGUCGAUACCGCCUGGCGACAAUAUGGUGUCCAGAUCGCUAAGAAAGCUGCACAUAGUGCUUUGUUGGAUAGUGAGAUUCAAGCAAGCGACAUCACACACCUUGUCGCAGUCACCGCCACCAAUUCUGGAAGUCCGGGAUAUGAUCAGAUUGUUGCCCGCGAGCUCGGUAUCCCGGCGACGGCCGAAAGAUUAUUGAUAAGUGGUGUUGGAUGUGCUGGAGGCUUAGCUGCCCUGAGAAUGGCUUCGAACCUGGCUAGGGCGGCUACUAGCCAAGGUCGACCGGCUAGGAUUCUGGUAUUGGCAUGUGAGAUUUGCAGUAUAUUCAUUAGUUCGGAACUGCAUGCGGCGUCAACUUCACAGGAUAUGGGGAUUGGUGUGACUUUAUUUGGUGAUGGUGCGGCCGCGCUGGUUGUAUGCAAUUCGCAUGGUAUGACUCGGGAAAACAAAGAGAAAAAUCUCCCAAGGCGCUUUUCGAUUGUUGAUUCGCGUUCUGCUAUCACCCCAGGAACCCAUGAUGAGAUGGAGGAUAAGGUCACCAGUACUGGCUUUCGACUUGUGUUGUCGAAGAAUGUCCCCAAGCUGACAUCCGCAUCACUUGCACGGCCGUUUCAAAGUCUGAUUAUGGAGAAUGGGAUGUCCGGUGCUUCGGCAACGGAUUUCGAUUGGGCAGUCCAUCCGGGUGGCUUGUCUAUCAUCAAGGGGGCCCAGGCGGCGAUGGGGCUGCCGGAUGAGCUGGUGGUGGCAAGUAAUGAGAUAUACAGAACCCGUGGUAACACAUCUAGUGUUGCUGUUCUGGCUGUUCUGGAGAGGCUGAGAACUAUGGAAAUGAGGAAGCAGGAUGUCAUUGCGUCGAGCUUUGGCCCGGGUCUUACAACUGAAAUGAUGUUGUUAAAACGAUGGCAAUGA